AGAAUUGUAUUUAGCAUCUUGUUCAGGUAGUAGCUCUGAUGGAGAUGAUGUAUCGCCACGUGAAAAAGUUCAAAAGAAUUCAGAUGGUAUAUCGGACUUCUGUGUUCGUAAUAUCAAUCAACAUGCAUUUGGGAGGCGUGAGAUAGAAAUUGCGGAACAAGAAAUGCCUGGAAUAAUGGCUUUACGGAAAAGGGCAUCUGAUGACAAACCCUUGAAAAAUGCCAAAAUUGUAGGAUGCACGCAUAUAAAUGCUCAGACUGCUGUUUUGAUUGAAACUUUGGCUGCUCUGGGUGCUAGUUUGAGAUGGGCAGCAUGCAAUAUUUAUUCCACUCAGAACGAAGUUGCUGCUGCUCUCGCCGAAGCUGGUUUUUCUGUUUUUGCUUGGCGUGGCGAGACAGAAGAAGAUUUUUGGUGGUGUAUUGAUAAAUGUGUGAAUGCCGACAACUGGCAGCCGAACAUGAUCUUGGAUGAUGGUGGGGAUGCUACACACCUCAUGUUGAAAAAAUACCCCACAAUGUUCAAACUCAUUAAAGGUAUCGUUGAAGAGAGCGUUACUGGUGUUCAUCGGCUCUAUCAGCUAUCAAAAGGUGGAAAACUUACCGUCCCAGCUAUGAAUGUUAAUGACUCAGUGACAAGGAGGCUGAAAUUUUCUACCCUGUAUAUAUAAUACCCAUUGAAAUUUUUUUGUAGUCUGAAGCGUUCGACUGACGUAAUGUUUGGAGGGAAACAGGUUGUCAUAUGUGGUUAUGGAGAAGUGGGAAAAGGUUGUUCCCAAGCUCUCAAAGGUUUUGGAUGUGUUGUUUACGUCACAGAAAUAGACCCGAUCUGCGCUUUACAAGCAAGCAUGGACGGCUAUCGAGUUGUUAAGUUAAACGAAGUAAUUCGAAAUGUAGAUAUUGUCAUUACUGCAACGGGUAACAAAAAUGUUGUUACUAGAGAACACAUGGACAAAAUGAAAAAUGGAUGUAUUGUUUGUAAUAUGGGACAUUCUAACACAGAAAUUGAUAUAAAUAGUUUAAGAACCCCGGACCUAACUUGGGAGAAAGUCAGAUCUCAAGUGGAUCAUGUUAUAUGGCCUGAUGGCAAGAGGAUUAUUCUUUUAGCCGAAGGUCGCCUAGUCAACCUGAGUUGUUCAAGUUUGCCUUCAUUUGUUGUUUCUAUCACUUCCGCUACUCAAGCUUUGGCCCUGAUCGAAUUAUUCAAUGCUCCUUCAGGAAGGUACAAAUCAGACGUCUACCUUCUUCCAAAGAAAAUGGACGAGUAUGUGGCUAGCCUACAUCUGCCUACUUUUGAUGCCCAUCUUACAGAGUUGAGUGAUGAGCAAGCUAAAUAUAUGGGGUUGAAUAAAGCAGGUCCAUUCAAGCCUAAUUACUAUAGGUAACAUGUUUUUUUCAUGAAUUUCAUU